CUCCGCCUCCGGGCCGCCCAGUCCCGCCCGGCCGUCCCGAUGGCGCUGCGGGCGCUGCUGUGCUGCCUUGGGGCGCUGUGGCUGGGCCGCCCCGGCCUGGCCCUGCCCCCGGGCCCCGCUCCGGCGGCCGGACAGUUCUGGCAUGUGACUGACUUACACUUAGACCCUACUUACCACAUCACAGAUGACCACACCAAAGUGUGUGCUUCGUCCAAAGGCACAAAUGCCUCCAAUCCUGGCCCUUUUGGAGAUGUUAUGUGUGAUUCUCCGUAUUACCUUAUCUUGUCAGCAUUUGAUUUCAUUAAAAAUUCAGGACAAAAAGCAUCUUUCAUGAUAUGGACAGGGGAUAGCCCCCCUCAUGUUCCAGUGUAUGAACUCUCCACAGACACAGUCAUAACGGUGAUUGCUAAUAUGACAACCACCGUCCAGAGUCUCUUUCCAAAUCUCCAGGUUUUCCCUGCGCUGGGCAAUCAUGACUAUUGGCCACAGGAUCAACUGCCUGUUUUCACCAGCAAGGUGUACAAUGCAGUAGCAAACCUCUGGAAACCAUGGCUAGAUGAAGAAGCUAUUCAGACUUUAAAGAAAGGUGGCUUUUAUUCACAGAAAGUUUCAUCUAAUCCGAACCUUAGAAUCAUCAGCCUGAACACAAACUUAUACUAUGGCCCAAAUAUUGUGACUCUGAAUAGGAGUGACCCAGCAAAUCAAUUUGAAUGGCUAGAAAAUACACUGAAUAUCUCUCAGCAAAAUAAUGAGAAGGUGUACAUCAUAGCACACAUCCCAGUGGGCUACCUGCCCUUUUCCAUGGGCACCACGGCCAUGAGAGAAUUCUAUAAUGAGAAACUGAUCAGUAUUUUUAGAAAAUACAGCAGUGUCAUUGCGGGACAGUUUUAUGGUCACACUCACAAAGACAGCAUCAUGGUUCUUUCAGAUGAAAAAGGAAGUCCAGUAAAUUCUGCGUUUGUGGCUCCUGCGGUUACCCCAGUGAAGGGCGCUUUACAGAAACAGACCAACAACCCUGGAGUCAGACUAUUUCAGUAUGAUCCUCAUGAUUAUAAGUUAUUGGAUAUGUUGCAGUUUUACUUGAACCUGACAGAUGCUAAUCUAAAAGGAGAAUCCAACUGGCAGCUGGAGUACACCCUGACCCAGACUUAUGACAUUGAAGAUCUGCAGCCAAAAAGUUUGUAUGGAUUAGCUAAAGAAUUUGCAGCCCUGGAUAGUAAGAAAUUCAUGAAAUACUAUAAUUACUACUUCGUGAGUUAUGACAGCAAUGUCGUUUGCAGUGACUUAUGCAAGGCCUUUCAAAUUUGUGCAAUUAUGAAUCUGGAUCGUAAUUCCUAUGUAGACUGCCUCAAACGUUACUAUAUAAAGCACAAUCUAUAGCAUUUCCCAACUUGUGUUCAUAGAGAAGGCAACUUGUUAUGUCAAUCUUUGUGAGUUACUGAAUGGGCAAACAGAAUUCCUUUCUUUGCUUUCUUUUUUAUGAUGCUCAAAUGAAGAUAUUUUUAAUAUUCCAAUUUUUUGAUACAUUAGAUGUAUAUAAACUGCCCACUAGAAUGAUGUUUAAAUAUGCACUUUCUAUCUUCCAGUUUAUAUAAUUAUAUCUAAUUUAUACUCUUGUGACAAUGCCAUUUUUAUAGUCAAGGAAACAACUCUUCAGACGUAUGACCAAUUAUUUUUCAAAAGAUAAUUUUCAGUUUGAUUGAUUCACUCUUAUUAAAACCCCAUGUGUGAGCUGAA